GCAGUGGUGGCUCUGCGUCCAAAAGGGGUCCUGCGACUCUUUCGCGGGGCCAGUCGGGCGCUGGGACGUGGAGCCCCGCACAACUCCCGCUGGUCUCUGAACAGGGAUCUCUUCUCCCGAGAGUUGCGAGCAACUUUACCCUGUCCCUGGCAUCGCGGUGGCUCGGGGACCGUGGCCGCCGCAGGUUACUGAACCCCGCGCUACGCUCCCCUGGCCUCGGCUUCGCGCUCGCGUAGAUCGCUUCCUCUCUGAGUGCACACUGGGGGUCCCUGACCUCGACUGUGCGGGCGAGAUGCCCCUGGGACACAUCAUGAGGCUGGAUCUGGAGAAAAUCGCCCUGGAGUACAUCGUGCCCUGUCUGCACGAGGUGGGCUUCUGCUACCUGGACAACUUCCUGGGCGAGGUGGUGGGCGACUGCGUCCUGGAGCGCGUCAAGCAGCUGCACCGCAACGGGGCCCUGCGGGACGGCCAGCUGGCCGGGCCGCGCGCCGGCGUCUCCAAGCGGCACCUGCGGGGCGACCAGAUCACGUGGAUCGGGGGCAACGAGGAAGGCUGCGAGGCCAUCAGCUUCCUCCUGUCCCUCAUCGACAGGCUGGUCCUGUACUGCGGGAGCCGGCUGGGCAAAUACUACGUGAAGGAGAGGUCCAAGGCAAUGGUUGCUUGUUAUCCAGGAAAUGGAACGGGUUAUGUUCGCCAUGUGGACAACCCCAACGGUGAUGGUCGCUGUAUCACCUGCAUCUACUAUCUGAACAAGAACUGGGAUGCCAAGCUGCAUGGCGGGAUCCUACGGAUAUUUCCAGAAGGGAAAUCAUUUAUAGCAGAUGUGGAGCCCAUUUUUGACAGACUCCUGUUCUUCUGGUCAGAUCGCAGGAACCCACAUGAAGUCCAGCCUUCCUAUGCAACCAG